CAAACGCUCAUUCCAUUUCAUCCGCUCGUCCGCGUCCGUCAACAUCCCACUUAACGUUUUUUUUUUCAUUUCGGUUUCUAGCGCACACGAAGGCUGCGACUCGGCUUUACACAAACACACAGACACAGUAUUCACUCACACACACACACACACACAGAGCCAUUUAUCACAUUUGAAAGCCGCCAUUACAAAAACACGAAACGGGAGCAGAGCGUAGACGACGAUAUUAUUAUCCACCCAGCGGCGACGACAUCGAUACCAACACCAGCAAACGUCGUAAAACAGGCGCGCGUGUUCGUCGUCGUGGCAGCCCCUCGAAACCCACAAACAGACAAACACACACACGCUCAUUUCUACUGUACACACACACGCAUACUAAGGCCCAGUACCAUCGGCUCCAACCAACUCUUCCGCCCAACCGUCGCUUCUCUCCUAACCGACAGCCCAAUUCUGCCGCCCUGUCCGCUCACAGUUCGGUUUUUCGUGAUCGUGCUCUCGUUCGUGCCCGACGUCGCGACGCUGGCAGCGGCAGCGACAGCAACAGCAACAAAUAUUAACAUUCAGGGACAACGACAACACGGCGACGGCGUCUGCGUCGACAUCCCUACGUUUCAGUUCUGAUUGGAGAUUCGUGCGCCGCCGUUGCUUGCACGCGGCAAUUGCUCAGCUCAGCUGUGAACUGUGUAUUGAGUUAUUUUCAAUUCCGUUUUCAACCUAUUCACACUGUUGCAACUCUUGCUUGACUCUGCCUUUUUGCAAUAACAAAAGAAUAACGAAGAAUAAUACGAUAAAGAAUAACGGCGAAUAGAAGAAAACCAAAAUCUGAAACAGUGCCUCAAGUGUUUGUGCUUACAGUUAUUUUAGCAAAAAAAAAAAAAACAAAAUAAACUUUCCAACCCAACAACAAAUAAGAGACAGUCAGGAGCGGAUAACAAAAGCUGUCAAGAAACGAAUUCUUUGAUAAUAUCACCAAAAUGUUAAGCAACUGUUGAACUAAAAAGAACUUCAAGGAUAUUUGUUAAAGUAAAAUUGCAUGCAAUAUAUGAACGAACGGCAUAGAGGAAUUUAUAAGCCGAUCCUCGACCAAAACUUAAACGCCCAAUUGACGAAACUGUUAAAUUAAAACCCACACAAAACGGCUUCCAAAUGAAGAUGGCAUCUCAACGAUUUUGUUUGCGCUGGAAUAAUCAUCAGAGCAAUCUGUUAUCCGUCUUCGAUCAGCUGCUGCACGCUGAGACCUUCACAGAUGUGACGCUGGCCGUCGAGGGUCAAUACCUAAAGGCACACAAGAUGGUGCUAUCCGCCUGCAGUCCAUAUUUCAAUGCACUGUUUGUCAAUCAUCCGGAAAAGCAUCCGAUUGUCAUAUUGAAAGAUGUGCCCUAUUCGGAUAUGAAAUCCCUGCUGGACUUUAUGUAUCGGGGCGAGGUGUCUGUCGAUCAGGAACGCCUAACCGCCUUUUUGCGUGUCGCCGAAAGUCUACGCAUCAAGGGCCUUACCGAGGUCAACGAUGACAAGCCCACCUCAGCGGAAAGUGCACCAGCGCCGCCCCAACUGCAGCGCAUACAGCCGUACCUGGUGCCGCAGCAGCGCAAGCAACAGUCCAACGUCUUGGCUGCCAAUGCUGCAGCGGCCGCCCUGCAGGCUGCCACGCAGCAGCAGCAGCAACAGCAGCAGCAGCAACAACAACAGCAGCUACAGCAAACAUCGCUGCUCAGCUCAGCGCUGAUGCCCAAACGCAAACGAGGCAGACCUCGCAAGCUGUCGGGCAGCUCGAAUGGCACAGGCAAUGACUACGAUGAAUACGAACGUGAGGGUAUUAUGAAUGACUCGGAUAUGGGCAAUGGCAAACUGUGCACCGACUCGUAUUCCGGCAAUGAUGAAGGCUCCGAUGACAACCAACAAGAAUCUGCCCACCAUGAUGAACUGAAUGAAAGCCGCGACUCGUUGCCAACAAAGAGAUCAAAGAGCGGGAAAGAUCAGCGCAUGGCACAGCAAGACGACAACAGCACUUCCGCCACGCCCGAGCUCUCGCAGCGACUGUUCGGCUCGGCAUCCACGCAUAUCUCGACUGCUGCCACGGCAAUAGAGACGUCGUCAUCGCCACGGGAAGCUUGCGACAUUGGCGUCACGGCACCUUUGCACCUGCCCACCAUAUUGGGCCUGAAGAUACGUGCGAUUAAUGCCGGCAAUCAGUCACAGACGCAAUCACAAUCCCAGUCGCAGUCACAGUCAAAGGCUGUGCACAACAACAACAAUAGCAAUAGCAACAGCAAUAGCAAUAGUAAUUCGCUGCUGAAGCAGCAGCUGCGUGGCGGUGCCAAGGAUCCGGAUACGUUGGUGUCGCUAGCGGCGCCAGCAGUGGCCACUGAGGAGGCCAACGAGCAGGAGAGCAGCUGCAGCGCGCUGCAGUCACUGGCCAAUGCAGCAGAACGGCAAGCGCAGCAGGCAGCCAGCAGCAGCAGCAAUAGCAACAACAACAGCAACAGCAGCAACAACAACAGCAGCAACAACAAUAACAAUUCCAGUCUGCAUCAGCAGCUGCUGCUGCACAUGGCUGCCACGGGUAAUCCGUUGCGCAAGUCGGACUUUUACCAGGCACAGCAAUCGCAGGCGCCACAGCCGCCAGCCUCGCAAUCACCGCCCACCGCCGAGACCAGCUUCGCGGAUGAAGAUCUGGAAUUGCUCUGUGUGGUGGACAAGAGCGAUGAAACGGAUCAUGAGCUGUUGACGCUGGCCGAUGAGAAUGCUGGCCUGCCCGGCUAUACGGCGACGCAUGAAUCGUUUGAGGAGCCGCUGCCCAACAUUGAACGCAGUCCAGCCCGCCCACGCACCUCCGGCACGGCCAAGCGGCCCAUACAGCGACGGCGUGUGCGACGCAAGGCCCAGUCAACGCUCGACGAUCAGGCCGAGCAUCUGACGGAGAUGUCGGUGCGGGGCUUGGAUCUGUUUCGCUAUGCGAGCGUCGUGGAAGGCGUCUAUCGGUGCACCGAGUGCGCCAAGGAGAACAUGCAGAAGACCUUCAAGAAUAAGUAUAGCUUUCAGCGCCACGCCUUCCUCUAUCAUGAAGGCAAGCAUCGCAAGGUGUUUCCCUGUCCGGUGUGCUGCAAGGAGUUCUCCCGGCCGGACAAGAUGAAGAAUCAUCUGAAGAUGACACACGAGAAUUUCACGCCGCCCAAGGACAUCAGCGGCUUUAGUCCGCUCAAGUAUCUGAUCUCUGCGGCAGCAGCGGGUGAUAUGCACACAACAAUCUACCAGCAACAGCAGCAGCAGCAACAACAGCAACAGCAGCUUGAGCAGCAGCAACAAUUGGAGCAGCAGCAACAGUUGGAGCAGCAGCAGCAGCAACAACUGGAGCAGGAGCAGCUGCUGUUGCUGCCUGAUGUGAAGCAGGAGCAGCAGGAGCAGCAGGAAACGGAACAACAGCUAGCCGGCUAUCCAGCACCUGCCACGCCCACAACAGCAGCAGCCGCAAUGCUCAGCUUGCAGCAUGACGUCAUCAUCAAGAACGAGAUACAAAUCUCGCCAUCGCCAUCGCCCUCACCGCCAGCCAUGUACGGAGUGGGAGGCGAGGGCAAGAGCCUGCCGCCAGUGCCAACAGGUGUCAACUGACGUGGGAGAAACGGAGUGAAAGGGGAAAAGGAGUGAGAGCAGGAGACAGUAAGAGAGGGCUAGCGAGAGUGAGAUAGAGGGCAAUGGAUAAAGAAAGACGACAAAAGGGAGCGAUAAAGAGAAUGAGGACAGAUGAGAGAGGGAGAGAGAAAGAGAAUAAGAGAGUGUAAUACAGAGAGAGAGA